UGUGUCUGAGUUUGUUCCUCAGUUACCAGCUUUAGCAUCUGACGCCAUGUUUCACGUGAGAAAGUCCUUUGCUAUAUGCUGUAAAGACUUGUGUUCAGUAAUAGGGCCAGCAUCUACUGAGGAAGUUAUUUUGCCAUAUUUCAUUCAGUUGUGUAAAGAUGAAGUCUGGGGAGUUAGAAAAGACCUUGAUGAUGUGAAAACUGGAGUACUGGCUCAUCUAUCGGAGUUCUUUGUGGUGUUACCCUCUGACAUUAGAAAGGAGAACUUCCCCUCUAUAUUAAACGGGAUCUUGGAUACUGAAAAUGAGAAGAACUGGAGAUACAGGGACUCACUGGCCGAGUAAGUGUACAUGUACAUGUGCCCUCUUCUUUAU